AUGUCGUACUUCUCGAACAUCCUCACCGCGACCAAAACCCGCUACGCCUCUCUCCGGCAAGGCGACGAAGCCGACGGCGACACGGAGGACGACUCGCACAUUUCCCGCGUGCUCCGCAACUACUACCAAGAGCAGCAGCGCGCAUAUCCUGACUGGCUCGGCCCCCCUCCCAACCAACGCUCGCAAUCCCCCGUCACCUCCCUCCGCAACACGUACGGCCGACGUCCCGCAGCUCCCAACGCCGCGCCACAGCACUCCGCCGGCACAAGUCUGAGCGACAUCUUCGAUGCGCCGGUCGAGCAGCGGCCCCAGAUCGGGCGGAAUGCGAGUUCGGGCUCUGCCGCGUCGCGUGCCCAGCAGCAGCAGCAGCAGCAGCACCAAAUGUUUCCCGACGACCAGCACCACCCCCACCACCCGCAGAUGGGCGGCGGCUCCCAGAGCGGGAAUCUUACCGCCCAGCAGAGGAUCAAGGAGCGGCUGUGGGGAAGCCGCGGCGCUGCUAGUCCUAGUCCGCCGCCGCAACUGCAGCAUCAGCCGCCUCCGCCGCCGCAGCAGAGGCAAGGCGGCAGGGUCGAGAUGCCGAUGCCAACGGGUGGGCAGCCGUAUGUCGCCGCCGGAAUGCCGUGGGAUGAUGGAUAUGGCGGAGGCUUUGAGGCGCCGGCCCCGCAGGCGUAUGGUGGUGGGGGAGCGGCCGGGGCCACGGUCGGAGGCGAUCCAGGACCCGCCGCGCCCGCAUCCGCAGCCGCACUCGCAGUACCGGCCAUCCAGGGCCGACGGCGAAGGUCGUCGUCAGUGCGCCUCACUGAGAACCCGCUGUUCCUGCCACAUCCCGACCGCAGCAAGCCUAUGGCGCAGGACUCGAGGAACGUCGAUAAUCACGCUCAAGCUCAAGCUGCGCCGCCGCCGCCCCCGCCGUCGGUGCUGCCGCCCACGCCCACGCCGAAUACACAGCCGGUACAGCUGCUGCUGCAGCACCAGCAACAGCUGCAGCACAAUCAGCUGCAGCAGCACCAGCAGCUGCAGCACAACCAGCAGCAGCAGCAGAACCAGCAACAGCAGCAGCAGAACCAGGGCGCUAGGAUCGAUGUCAGCAGGAUCAGGCAGGAGUCGCCGUCGCUACAGCAACAACAGCAACAGCAAUUGCAGCAGCAGCAGGGUGGCGGGGCUGGUGCGGGUGCUGGUUCUGGAGGGCAGCAGAAUGGCGGUGGUGAGGGAGCGCAGCAGGGCCCUGGCGGCGGCGGUGUUGCCCAGGACAGCUUGAGUAUGAUGCAGCUCAAGAAGCUGGUGGGCGAGGGGGGCAGAUACGUGCAACCAGAGUAUGCGUUUCAAUAUACUGCGACCGAUACCCUGACCACCGAGCUGAGCGAGUGGUUCUCGUACUCGACCGCGGACCUGUCGCUGCUGAUCGUCGGCGCGAAGCAAUCGUUCCAGUCUACGUACACGAAGAUGUCGCUACCGCCGCACCAGACCGCGCCGCCGCCGCCCGGCAAGCAAUCACGGUGGAUGACGAGCAAGGACGUCAAGCGGCGACGGUACAUAGCUCGGUGCGCGGACCUACUCGACCAGGCCAGCCAGGAGGAGCGGGUCAAGGGGCUGGAGGGCUUGAGUUUUGUUGCGCAGGGCGUCUACGGCGAGGUGCAUGAUCAGGAGGAGCAGAUGGCGUGGAUCAAGCGCAACAACAAACUGCUGCGGAAGGUCGGCGUCACCGAGAGCGUCUUUGGUUGUCUCCGGAAAUCGCUGGGUCGCGAGUGGGAGUUUGCGCAGCAGGCGUCGGCGACGGCGAAUGGCCUCCCGAACGGUGUCGAUGCCGACGAGUUGCUCAGUCAGAAAGCGUGGAACCGAAGGGAACUUAAGCAGGCUCUUACAGUGCUCUACUUUCUGAUUGAGGUCACGAGGAUGGUUAGCGAGGAGGAGACGGAGGAGAAGGAUAUUGGCCUCGACGAGGAGCUGGAGUCGUUCAGAGAUGAGAUCUCGCAGCUGCCGGGAGAGGGCGGGUUGCUCGGAUAUCUCAUCACGAAUAUCGCGCGGGUUAGAUGGGAGGACAAUGUCGACAUUCCAUUGACGCAUCUUUUGAUCCUGACUUGGAAGACGGCGUUGCUACUGUUCGGAUCACCGGAUAAGCAUCUUGCCAAGGUCAAGGAGUUCUCCAGGGUUUCUGAAGGACUGUCUUCGGAGGUUGACAAGAAUAUAAUCACUGCCAACCCACUCGAUUACUUCCUCUUCCGACAAGAACUGAUCGCCAAGUAUCCUGCAUACAACCCGCCAAAAUCGCUAUUCGCCUUUGAGAGUAAUUCCUACCUGCCCUCGCUUGCAAUGCAAGAAAGCUCCCUGCGACCGGGCGGAAACACGGAUGUCCUCCUAGGCGGAAAGGGUGGCGGCGAGAACCUCGCCAGCAUCCUGGACAAGGCCGUGCACAUCGCCACACCAAUACCAUCUCCGCCGCCGAGUCCCCUCGCUCUCGGAAAGGGACAGAAGAAGCAGAACUACCAAACUAACCAGAGUUUUCCGUUCAUGUAUCCUCCAGCGGACGAGGACGAUGCCGGCGGUGUGCCCAGCAGCAUCAAGGAGGCUGGAGACUUGUUUUCGGGCAGAACACGGACUAGUCUGGCGAUGCGCCAGCUGUGGAAGGAGAGGGAGGCGUUCGAGAAGUAUGGACGCGGCUGGCAGGUCGAUGAUCAGCUGGAUUUGAAGAAGCAGAAUUGGGAGCUGGCAGAUCGCAUUCCGAGAUGGGAGGAGAAGAGGCUGGCGGCUGUGGAUGAUGUCUAUGUAAUAUUGCAAAGCAUCACCGCGCCACCUACAGCGCCACCACCACCGCCACCACCACCACAGAACACAUUCGUGGAAGAAGAUGGCAGAGGCGAUGUCAAUUUUACGCCAUCACUAUCAUUGCGCACCAUCUUCGGCAAGCGAAAGGACGGCAGUAUUAAUGGAGGAAAGACACUCACACCAAUCGGCGAAGAUCCACCCGAUCCAGCUGAAUGGGAGAGGCAGCGGGAAAGAGAGCAGGCGGAGCGUGAGGCGGCCGAGAGGAAGCAGUGGGAGGAACUAGAUACCAUCCGUAUGCGAGAAAUCACCUCGAAGGCGGUGACGGCACUCUUCCUGGUCCUGCUGAAAUGGUUCCGAGUUUCUCACGUCUUGAAGUUCGAGUACUUUACGCAGCUUCUCUGGGACUCCAACUACAUCCCGCUUGUCCUGAAGCUGCUCAACCAGCAAGACGUGGUCGCUUCGCUUACCGCCAAAACCGACCGCCCAGAACGCGCCUACUUCCGGAUCUGCAACCUCCACUCCCUCUCCCCGCAACCUCUCACCUCGUCCCCGACCGAAUCCUACAGCCCGGACGACGCCUGCCCUCCGCCAAUACGCUUCUCUCGGCCUGAGCCGCAGCCUCCAGCCGCCGCCACGUCCCCACCACCACCCACCGAACCCCCCCUCCCCAUAACCGACUUCAGCUGGCGCAACUUCUUCACGAGCAUCAACAUCAUGCGAGUUUUGCAAAAGGUCGUCAAGGGCAAAUCGCACCGCAACCUCGCUCUCGUACAAUUCCGCUCAUCAGUGAUCCUGCGCAAGCCGCUGAAAUGCCAGCAGCGGGACCUGCGCCUCUACACGCUCAAGGUGUUCAAGGGCCAGGUGCCCUACUGCGGCCGCAAGUGGCGACAAAGCAACAUGCGCGUCAUCACUAGUAUCUACCUCCACUGCCGCCCGGAGCUGCGCGACGACUGGCUCGCCGGCGGAGAUGUCGACGCGGACGUUGAGGAGGCUGGCCCACAGGAGGAGGCAUUGCGCGCGCUUACGCUGUUCUAUAAUAUUCGCCAUUACCCGCGCAGCAUGGGCGCGGAUGUGGGGCUGCUCGAGGAUGAGAGGGAUUUUUUUAGGAGGGAGUUAGCGCGCAUGGAGGAGGCGGAGGAGGGCGAGGAGAAGUGGGGGGGGUGA